UAAGUUUCCAAGCUUAACCUUAUUUCUUUCUUUUUCAAGAGAUAUUUUUAUUAUUACUUUUAUCGCAGCACAUUUCUUGGGAAGAAAUAUCGAGCGCUUGUUGAGUCGGUGGUGAAGCCGCUUCUCGUCUCCGGAGCUCCCAGAGAAGGAUGGACGUCAGCGGGCGGUAAGAGCCACCCGGUGUCGGAACUGCCAACUGUCUGGAGUUGCCUGGGAGGUGGUGGGAAUAGGUGCUGCAGAAACCACCAGCUCACCCUCCAGACGCWGAGGAAAGGACACAAGACGUAAAGAAAGAAGCCUGUCGCUGAUAAGGAAGAGAGGAUAACUUAACACAUCCGAAAAGGGACACUGUAGWGAUGGCUGAAGCACCUCAGCAGGAGCAGCAUCAGCAGGAGGAGGAGGAGGAGGAGGAAGAGGAGCAGCAGCUGCCGAGCUCUGUGGAGACCAGUGAAUCCGAUGAAGGCUCCGAGGAACCAAAUGAAGUUGUCAGAAAGGCUCGACCGCUUCWGUCCAUGAGGUCCAUGAGCACCAUAGACCCAGAUGAUGACUACCCCAAUAUGAUCGUUUUCAGAAAGAUUGAAGAUAUCAUCACUCUGAUCCAGGACGAGACCGAAGGCGUGCCCAUCAGAACCGUCAAAAGUUUCAUGACCAAGAUCCCCAGUGUUGUUACAGGUGCAGAUAUAGUACAAUGGCUGAUGAAGAAUUUGUCCAUAGAGGAUCCAGCUGAGGCCAUGCACAUCGGGAGUCUGAUUGCAGCUCAGGGAUACUUUUUUCCCAUCUCUGAUCACGUCCUGUGCCUCAAAGAUGAUGGAACUUUAUACCGCUUCCAGGCGCCAUAUUUCUGGCCAUCCAACUGUUGGGAGCCUGAGAACACAGAUUAUGCCAUCUACCUGUGCAAGCGGACCAUGCAGAAUAAGACGAGGCUGGAGCUGGCAGAUUAUGAGGCAGAGAACUUGGCCAGACUACAGAGGGCUUUUGCAAGAAAGUGGGAGUUUAUCUACAUGCAGGCUGAGGCGCAGGUCAAGAUCGACAGAAAAAAGGAUAAAACUGAGAGGAAGAUCCUUGACAGCCAGGAGAGAGCCUUCUGGGACGUCCACAGACCAGUGCCUGGAUGUGUUAACACCACAGAAAUGGACAUAAGGAAAUGCAGACGCAUGAAGAAUCCUCAUCGAGUUAAGAAGUCAGUGUACGGUGUGGUGGAGGAGGGAACACAGUCACAGAGUCCCAUACACACUUCGUUACACCACUGCCGAAAAGGGACGAAAGAGGAUGUAGAAAAAGAGAUCUUAUUUCUGAACACCCAGCUCGAUCGYCACUGUUUGAAAAUGUCCAAAGUUGCUGAAAGCCUGAUGACCUACACAGAGCAGUUCAUGGAGUAUGACCCGUUUGUAACCACACCAGAACCAUCUAAUCCUUGGACNNUCUCUCCUCCCUCUCUUGUCUCUCCUAGCAAAGAACCGAGUCAGCAGAGGGUGAAGAAGUGGGGUUUCUCCCUGGAGGAGGCUCUGAAGGAUCCAGCAGGACAGGAUCUGUUCCUCAAGUUUCUAGAGUCAGAGUUUAGCUCAGAAAACCUGAGGUUCUGGCUGGCAGUGCAGGGCCUGAAGAAGGUCCCCCAGCAGGAUGUUGCGCAGAGGGUGCAGGACAUCUGGGCCGAGUUUCUGGCAGAGGGCGCACCCAGCUCCAUCAACCUGGACUCGCAUAGCUAUGAAAUCACCAGCCAGAACCUGAAGGACCCUGGRCGGUACAGCUAUGAGGACGCCCAGGACCACAUUUAUAAACUGAUGAAAAGCGACAGCUAUCCACGUUUCCUCCGCUCCAACGUCUACCAGGAUCUGCUAAUGGCAAGGAAGAAACCUGAAACGGAGCAGGGACGACGCACCUCCCUGGAGAAGUUCACUCGCAGCGUGGGAAAAUCGCUGACAGGAAAACGACUCACAGGCCUCAUGCAGUCAUCCUGACAAGGUCUGGAUUCGGAGUAGGAGGAAUCGUACCCAAAGCAGACGCUUACAGUUGAGAAGCUUUAGGAGCAGGACACUUGUGGGUGUAGCAUCGGGAGGCUAGUGAAGGUGCCAAACAAGCCUAGAACUGCUGAAAUGGAAACCCAACAUAUCUGGACGGCACCUCAGAUAAAGGGAAGAGGACCCAGCAGCAUGCAAUAAGUCACCAGAUCUGGCACAAAGGGAGGUGCUGCUAUGGUAUAGACGAUUUACAGCGACUCUGCUUUGGAGGUUUCUGUUCAGAAGCUUGUGUCGAACAAAACUCUGCGAUUUUUCUCUGACUACACUCAUUUUAUCAUGGUAGCUGAAGAGGUUAAUGCUUUACUGUCAGUGAUAUUUACGUGGAAUGCUCGAAUGCUCUGACUGAUGUCGAAACGAGACUUAGAUUUUCGCUGUAGCUUGGUGUUUUAUCUCACUUCACUAGGAUGUAAAAAGGGAAAGUGGAAUGACGGCUUUACAGUAAUUAACACUUGAAAACGACGACAGGUUGAGUAGUGCAUCAACAUGCUAGUAAACCCUGAAGAACUUUAGUGAUCGUUUCCUCGACUCUGGAACAAAGGGUAGAAAUUUAAAAUGCGUCCUGCUUGUAAUUUAAGCAAAGGACACACCGAUACUGGUUGACAUUAUUUUAACACUUUUAAGAAUCAUAAUUACCUCCAUGUUUGUCAGUUAUAGCAAAGACCACAAAUAUCAGUUACAUGCUGUGUAAUAAUGCAUUUUGUAACAUACAAGCAGCUGUUGUUUUUACCCUCUGAUACUAAGUAGAGAUUCAUUAUAACAAAACUAAUUAGCAGUUAUAUGAAGCAGUAUUUCUCCUUGAUGUCCAUCCCGUCUAUAUACUGUAUGCUGCUGCAGCAGCAUAUGCAUGGCUGACUGUAAAGCAGGACCAGAUUAUGYACCAACUUAAUCUGUAUACAGUUUCAGUCAGCAGUUUAAAUCUUCUCAUUCCCAUAAGUGACACAUUUCUGGCUUUUAAGGAUUUAUUUUUUCAAGGAAUGGGAUGAUACAUCAAACAGUAAGUGUAUAUUUAAAAGACUCAUAAGUUCAUAAAUUGAACUGGUUCUAUCUUUUUUAAUCCACGCAGUAUCAAAAAUGUACAUGCAGGCUUACAUUAAGCAUACAGUCCCACCCAUGCUGGUGGUUUUAUGUCCUACAGCAAGUUUGUAGGACAUGAAAGAUGUCCUACAAACAUCAGGCAAAUUUCUGCCUGGAUAUUUGACUCAUGGUAGAAUUUAUUUGAAUUUGUUGGUUUCUGUGCACAGACUUGACCUUUGUAUAAACCACAAACUUUCYCAAAAGACUCAACAAAACAGUUGUGAUGARCAAACUWUGUGGACUCGGUGUACAGAUGGGUCUGUGCUGGGAAAUCAACCCGUUUCUAUGAGUUCUACCAAUUCUGGAAGUAGUCAUUAAAAGUUCAGUCAGAGAUAUGACUGUUGGWGGUGUGUGUAGAUAUUUAUUUGAGCCUAUAAGUAUAACUUUGAUCUUGUGUGGAUUAAAUCACUUCCUAACCUGUGCAUUCAGUUCUUCACUGAAGUUGUGUGUCYUACAAUCCUUCAGUCCUGAACAGUUCAAACGACCAAUUUAAAGCCAAAACAAACAUGUAAAGUGACCGGAACUGGACACAGGUUUUAAUAGAGAAAAGUCAAAAGACUUUGCCUUUUUUUCCCCUCUAGUGUUUUUAGACUUUUGACAACUUUUCCACCUACUCRCCUUUCAUGGAGUAAAAUGUUUCCCAUACCAGUAGAUGCAGCGUGAACCCAAGCAGUGUAGUGAGGUCUUAAAUGAACAAAAAAUCAAAAAUUAAAUGCCCUGGCYAACGGUUUAAGGUGUUUUGUAAUGUUCUUACACACUUAAAAUAAAUGCCCAAAAGAACACUUUAUUGGCAUUAUUGAGGAAACGUAAUAUUUCCAGUUAUCUGGCCUAGUUGAGCAGUGACUGACAACUCAUGGUUCAAACUGUCUGACGGUUUCAUAGAAGCUGAGAGGAAUGAAMAUGCUUACCUACACCUUGAAAAGUUCUAUUUCUUGCAUAAUUAAACUUUGCACACUUUUAAUACGGAUGUGUACUAAAAGCCCAGUAUUGAAACCAAACAUCUAUUCAUUCACAGGUGCAUCAGUGCUUACUGUCAAUGUAAAAGCAUUCCAGAAGCUCAAACAGCUGUGUUACUAUAAACCAGUUCUGUGGAUAGAUUGUAUGCUUUCUUCUGUCUUCUUAACAUUCCACUUUGAGCCGCCGCRGAAAUCUGUGGGCUGAUGUCUGACCAUCUUUUCAUCCGAUGUAAAGAGGACCAUGAUAAUAAACAGGAAUGCACAAUGAA